UCAUUAAGCUAGACAUUUAGUUUUCUGUGAAUAGAAAGUGCUCUAACGAGAUAAGUAUUCAUGCUGAGUUAAUUCUCGUCCAUGAAUUGACGAUAAUUAUUUCGCGCGCCCAAAAAAAUUGAAUUCUCUUUAUGGAAAUAAGUGACAACUGACUGACCUCUCGUCUUCUGCAAGGGAUCUUGAAGUUAACCUGCAAAAAAAUGGGAAAUUUCGGCUAGUUGGGAACAAUCUUUACAAUAAGAUGAUCUGUAAAAAGUUACUCGACAACCUUAUUCGCAAGAAGCCGCGUGAAGCAUGGCUCCCAGAAAUUCCCCUGAGAAGAUGCUUGACAGCCAUAGACCUCAUCUCCUUAGGUGUUGGAACAACAGUCGGCACUGGCCUAUAUGUGAUCAUUGGUGAGCUUGCUCGGUCUGUCGCUGGUCCUUCAGUCAUUCUCUCUCUCCUCCUGGCCUCCAGCGCUGCGUUUUUGUGCGCCCUUUCAUUCGCUGAAUAUGGUAGCCGUUUUCCUGAUGCUGGAUCUUCAUAUCAGUACACUUAUGCCACCCUCGGUGAAAUAUCUGCGUUCAUUGUUGGCUGGAAUGUUGCUCUGGAGUUUUUAAUCGCGGGAGCCAGUCUUGCACGAACUUGCAGCAGAUUCAUAGAUUAUGCUUCUAACGGACAGGUGUUCCUCUUCUUAUCAAAUCAUUUUUCAAAUUACUGGAGCAUUCCCGGGGAAGAGCCCUUUCCAGAUCUGCUGGCAGCUGCCUUAGUAGUCGCAGUAAUGGUUAUUUUGUGUUUGGGAGCUCGCACCUCCACAAAUUUUCACAAUUUAGUGACAGUCAUAAACUUAGGAUUUAUCCUCUUUAUAAUUGUUUUCGGAUUCUUCUUCAUAAACUUAAAACACUGGAAAGACAAUUUCAUCCCUUACGGCGUCUCAGGUGUACUGGAAGGUGCAGCGGGGGCUUUCUUCGCCUUCUCCGGAUUCGACAUUGUCGCAGAGGCCGCUGAAGAAGCGGUAGACCCUGAGAAAAAUCUCCCCAAGUCAUUCUUGAUCACCAUCCUACUCAGUACGUUGGCCUAUAUAAGUGUAGCUUCAGUACUCACUCUCAUGGUACCUUAUUAUGACUUAGAUGAGUACGCACCAUUGGCAGAGGCCUUCGGGCGUAAGACCUUUCCUGGUGCUAUGUACAUUGUAGUGUGCGGAGGUAUCUCUGCUACUGUCAGUGCAUUACUCUGUGCAGUUUAUUCCACUUCAAGAAUUUUUUACUCCAUGUCUGUUGACGGGCUGUUGUUCAGAUGGUUUUCCAAAGUGCAUAGCAAAACCCAGGUACCCUACAGAGCUACACUAAUUUCUGGUAUCAUCACCGCCUUGAUAGCACUCCUGUUUGACGUAAAUCAAAUGGUGCAACUCCUUUCUAUUGGAACCUUGGUGGCUUACACAAAAGUUAGCAUCUCUGUUCUUGUCAGUCGCUUUCAGUCUGGAGUACAAAGUGUUCCUGAAAAUGAUGAAGGAAAUACAAACAUAACUCAGUGGCUUCAUAAAAUGUUCUCCAAGGCUAAAGGGAAAGAAAGUGAUCCAUCAAGCAUUGCAUAUCAGCGAGUACCAGAUGAGGAAGAUACGUCCAGUCUUCCAGCAGCUCCCGGGGCUGAAGUCACUGAAGCAACAACAUUUCGUGCAGAACUAGCUGUAUUUUUCCUUGUGAUUUUUUUGGCAGCAUUGGCUUUGAUUUUAAGCAAUUUUUAUCAAGACGUGUUCAUAAAAGGUGAAUGGUGGGCUAUAUUUCUCGUCACUCUGUUUUCAGGAGCAAUUGUCUUUCAACUUUUUGUUAUCCAGCUUCAACCAAGGAACUGUGCGACGUUUCCGUUUAUGGUUCCUGGUGUUCCUUAUAUUUCAGCAUUAACCAUUUUCAUCAAUGCUCUGUUGAUGGCAAAUCUUCAAUGGAUGACCUAUGUUCGCUUUGGCGUUUGGAUGAUAUUAGGUUUUGUCAUCUACUUAUUUUAUGGAUAUCGGCAUAGCACAGAAGCACUGCAACCAGUCGUCAAGGAGAUAGAUGAUUUAACAUUAGAGAUUCCAGAUGUCGGACGAGAGAUAACAAGGCCUCAACCAGUCGUCAAGGAGAUAGAUGAUAAAAAAUUAGAGAUUCCAGAGGUCGGACCAAAGGUAACAAAGCCUCAACCAGUCGUCAAGGAGAUAGAUGAUAAAACGUUAGAGAUUCCAGAGGUCGGACGAAAGAUCACAAAGCCUCAACGACCGUGAUGACCAUGACUUCAGUAGAAAGUUAGCAAUCUCAGAUGCAACUCGUUUUCUCCUCGUUGUUACUUCUGGCCUUCUAUUAGCUUUC